AUGCCAAGCGAUAAAACUUUCAUUUCGAUUAAUGAUGCGAUUGAGCAUUUCAAACAGAAUAAGUUUUUAAUUGUUAUGGAUGAUGCUGAUAGAGAAAAUGAAGGAGACUUGAUUUGUGCAGCAGCAGGUGUCACAACGGAACAAUUAGCAUUUUUAGUACGCCAUUCUUCCGGGUACGUGUGUGCACCGAUGAGCAACGAAAUAGCUGACAAGCUAGAUUUACCAUUAUUGAGAACGGGAAUGAAGUUUCAGGCUAAUUCAGAUGACAGAUAUGGUACUGCGUACACAAUCACAGUGGAUAUUGCUGAAGGUACAACUACGGGUAUCUCAGCGCACGAUAGGGCAUUGACUUGCUCAAAGCUGGCAGACCCAAGCUCCAAAGCAACAGACUUUUUGAAGCCAGGCCAUGUUUGCCCAUUGAGAGCUGUAGAUGGUGGUGUAUUGAAGAGACGUGGUCACACAGAAGCUGGUGUCGAUCUGUGCAAACUGAGUGGCCUGCCACCGGUGUCAGUGAUAUGCGAAUUGGUUAACGAUAGCGACGGCUCUAUGAUGACACUAGCUAACUGCAAAGAGUUUGGUAGAGAAUAUGAUAUACCAUUGGUCUCAAUCGAGGAUUUGGUCCAGUACUUGGCGCAAAAAUAG